GCUCGUGGAUUUUGGGAGGGUUUUGGUGUAGCUUUUGGCCGUUUUUUAAGUUGUAAAACAAAUUGUAAUCUUGCAUUAUGUCUACGUCGGUCACAUGCAUUGCGCCGGUGAACAUUGCCAUAAUAAAAUACUGGGGAAAGCGUGACGAUGACCUGAUUUUACCGAUAAACGAUUCUAUCAGCGUUACCCUCUCGACGGACAAUCUUCGUACAAAAACUACGAUCACUGCCGGUCCGGAGAUUGCAAAGAAUGUGCUCCGCCUCAAUGGGGUGGAAGAGUCUUUCGCAAAUCCACGUAUCCAACGAUGCCUUCAGGAAGUACGUAGGAGAGCUAAAGAAUCUGGUAAAUGCCCGAAGCCGGAGAUGCUGGAGUGGAACAUCCAGGUUGUGUCGGAGAACAAUUUUCCUACAGCUGCUGGGUUGGCAUCCAGUGCGGCAGGGUAUGCAUGUUUCGUUUACACAUUGGCGACGCUGUAUGGCAUCGAAGGUGAAGAGCUGAGCGGUAUAGCACGAAUGGGAAGUGGCUCGGCCUGUCGCAGUCUUUACUCGGGUUACGUGCAGUGGGCUCGCGGUGAACGUGCGGAUGGUUCGGACUCAUUAGCGGUCCAGCUAGCACCGGCCUCCGCUUGGCCGGAAAUGCACGUGCUGAUACUCGUUGUGAGCGAUCGUAAAAAAGCUACCGCAUCUACGCAGGGGAUGGCCACCAGCGUAAAAACGUCCGAUUUGCUCAAGCAUCGUGCUUCCGUCUGCGUUCCGGAGCGUGUCAAGUUGGUGCAAAAGGCAAUCGCACAAAAAGACUUUGAUACAUUCGGGCGUAUAGCGAUGAAGGAUAGCAACCAAUUCCAUGCGAUCUGUUUGGACACCUAUCCACCCUGCUUCUACAUGAACGAUGUGUCGCGCACAAUCAUCCGGAUGGUGGAUCAAAUUAAUAAUCUUGCCGGAAAAGUUGCACCCGUUAAGGUUGCGUACAGCUUUGAUGCCGGUCCGAACGCUUGUCUGUUCCUACUGGAGAAGGAUGUUGCCGAAGUGUCGGCCAUCGUGCGUCGUGUCUUCCCAUUUAGUGAAAGUACGGCCGAAGAGUACUAUAAAGGCAUUCCGAAUGAUGAAGCAGCUAUGCAAGCUGUCCCGGCUAGUAUCCUGGAAUCGUUCGCCGUUGAAGAACCGAACCUGUUGCGCUACAUUAUCCACACGAAGGUUGGUGAAGGACCGAAACGUGUUGAUUAAGUG